UGGAGUAUCAUUUUUCCUGUUGCCUUUGUCGUUUGCAGGUCACUAGAAGGACUGAAAACAUUCAGUUACUUGGAAGAGCUGAUCUUGGACAACAACCUACUCGGAAAUGACCUUCUGUUACCGAGGUUACCCCACCUCCAUACCUUAACGCUCAACAAGAACCAAAUAACAGAAUUAGAAAGCCUUUUGGAUCAUUUGGCUGACGUUGUGCCCUCACUACAGUAUCUCAGUUUGCUUGGAAACAUGGCCUGCCCAAAUGAACUGGUCUGCAAAGAAAAGGAUGAAGAUGACUACCAGAGGUACAGAUAUUUUGUCCUACACAAGUUGACAAACCUGAAAUUUCUUGAUACUCGGAAAGUAACGAGGAGGGAGAGAGAGGAAGCCUUGGUGAGAGGUGCCUUCAUGAAAGUGGUUAAGCCCAAGGAUGCUAAG